GCGGACUCCGGGUCCUUAGUGGGACCUGAUGGCCGAGAGACAGUUCGGAAGUGUCCCAGGAGGUGCCUAUGGACGGCCCACCAUCCCUCCCACCACCUCUGAGCGCCGUUGUCCUCGGAACUUGUGACCGGUUCUAGCGCGUAAAAUUGGCCUCCCCGAUGUGUCGAACUGUCCCUGGAUCCGUAGCUCGAAACCACCGCCUCUAACUUCUUCCUUCUGAGAAACUCUGCAGCCACUGUCAUGGAAAAGUACCACGUGUUGGAGAUGAUUGGAGAAGGCUCUUUUGGGAGAGUGUACAAGGGUCGAAAAAAAUACAGUGCUCAGGUGGUGGCCCUGAAGUUCAUCCCCAAACUGGGGCGCUCAGAGAAGGAGCUGAAGAAUCUGCAACGAGAAAUGGAAAUCAUGCGCGGUCUGCGGCACCCCAACAUUGUGCACAUGCUCGACAGCUUCGAGACUGACAAGGAGGUGGUGGUGGUGACGGACUAUGCCGAGGGGGAGCUCUUUCAGAUCCUGGAAGAUGAUGGAAAGCUUCCGGAAGACCAGGUCCAGGCCAUUGCUGCCCAGCUGGUGUCGGCCUUGUACUAUCUGCAUUCCCACCGCAUCCUGCACCGCGACAUGAAGCCUCAGAACAUCCUCCUCGCCAAGGGUGGCGGCAUCAAGCUCUGUGACUUUGGAUUUGCCCGGGCCAUGAGCACCAACACGAUGGUGCUGACAUCCAUCAAAGGCACACCACUGUAUAUGUCUCCAGAGCUGGUGGAGGAGCGACCGUACGACCACACGGCAGACCUGUGGUCUGUGGGCUGCAUCCUGUAUGAGCUAGCUGUAGGCACCCCUCCCUUCUACACCACCAGCAUCUUCCAGCUGGUCAGCCUCAUCCUCAAGGACCCUGUGCGCUGGCCCUCCACCAUCAGCCCGUGCUUCAAGAACUUCCUCCAGGGACUGCUCACCAAGGACCCCCGGCAGCGUCUGUCCUGGCCAGACCUCUUGCAUCAUCCCUUUAUUGCUGGUCGUGUCACUAUUGUAACUGAACCGGCAGGUCCAGAUUUGGGUACCCCAUUCACCAGUCGCCUACCUCCAGAACUUCAGGUCCUAAAGGAUGAACAGGCCCAUCGGCUAGCCCCCAAGGGCAGUCAGUCCCGGAUCUUGCGUCAGGCCUAUAAACGCAUGGCUGAGGCAGCCAAGCAGAAGAAACACCAAAGCACAGGACGUGCCCCGGAGCAAGAGGACAGGACCAGCCAGGCAGCUGCUGACACAGCCCCUCUGCCCAGACCAAGGGGGACUCCUCAGGAAGCAAGCCUCUUGGCUGGGAUCUUGGCCUCAGAAAUGAAGAGCAGCUGGGCUGAGUGGGGGCCUGGAGAGGCACCCCCUGCACCUCGCGAGAACCGGAGCACCGCAGACGGUGGACAAGGAUUUGCAGAGCCGAGACCCGAGGCGGUGAGCCCGCGCAGCAUCAGUGCAGUGAAGCCGGAAAACGAGGAGCCAGACAGCGAUGAAGAGUGGCAGCACCUGCUGGAGACCCUCGAGCCUGUGCCCAUUCAGCUGAAGGCCCCCCUCACCCUGCUGUGCAACCCCGACUUCUGCCAGCACAUCCAGACUCAGCUGCACGCGAGCGGAGCGCAGAUCCUGAAGGGCAGCCUGGAAGGGGCUUCCCACAUCCUGCCGGCUCUGCGGGUCCUGAGCAGUCUCCUCUCCAGCUGCAGUGACUCCGCCCCCCUGUACUCCUUCUGCCGGGAGGCGGGGCUGCCUGGGCUGCUGCUGAGCCUGCUCAGGCACAGCCAGGAGAGCAGCAGCAUCCAGACGCAACCCUGGUAUGGGGCCUUUGUACGGGACCUGAUGGCUGCCAUGCAGGCCUAUUUUGCCUGCACCUUCAAUCUGGACAGAAGCCAGACAGGUGACAGCCUACAGGUGUUUCAGGAGGCUGCCAGCCUCUUUCUGGACCUGCUGGGGAAGCUGUUAGCCCAACCGGAUGACUCCGAGCAGAGUUUGCGGAGGGACAGCCUUAUGUGCUUUACUGUCCUGUGUGAAGCCAUGGAUGGCAACAGCCAGGCCAUCUCCAAAGCCUUUUACUCCAGCCUGCUGACCACACAGCGAGUGGUGUUGGAUGGGCUGCUUCACGGCUUGACAAUGCCACAGCUCCCCUUCCACACCCCCCCAGGAGCCCCACAAGCAAGCCAGCCACUGCGGGAUCUGAGUGAGGACCUGCCCGGAGCUGUUUCCUCUGCCCUGGCAGCCGUCUGUACUGCUCCAGUGGGACUGCCCAGCUGCUGGGAAGCCAAGGAGCAGGUCUCUUGGCAUUUGGCAACUCAGCUGAUUGAAGACAGCAGCCAGCUGAGGCCGUCCCUCGUCUCUGGCCUGCAGCACCCCAUCCUGUGCCUCUCCCUUCUCAAGGUGCUCUACUCCUGCUGCCACGUCAGCGAGCGCCUGUGCCGUCUCCUUGGGCAAGAGCCCCUGGCCUUGGAGUCGCUGUCGUUGGUGGUCCAGGGCAAGGUAAAAGCAGCGGAUCAGGAGGAGUCUACUGAAGUAGCCCUCUACCUCCUCGCCCUUCUGGUCUUCCGGCUUCAAGACCUGCCCUGCGGGUGGCCUUGUAGCCUGGCUGGAGAGAGCACCGUGCCCGGGAAGCCACUGGCAGCCUCCCCUAACACUGCCGUCUCCUGUUCCAGCAUGGAGAAGCUAGGCGGCGAGGUUGCUACUCUCUUCACCCAUUCGCACGUCGUCUCUGUCGUGAGUGCAGCAGCCUGUCUGUUGGGACAGCUUGGUCAGCAAGGGGUGGCCUUCGAGCUGCAGCCCGCAGAAUGGAUGGCUGCAGCCACGCACGCCCUGUCUGCCCCCGCGGAGGUCCGGCUGACUCCACCGGGUGGCUGUGGAUUCUAUGACGGCCUCCUCAUCCUUGUAUUGCAGCUUCUCACUCAGCAGGGGAAGGCUCGCCUGAUCAGGGAUGUGGCCGGCUCUGAGCUGUGGACCAUUUUAUGGCACCGCUUCUCCAUGGCCCUGCGACUACCCGAGGAGGUGCCCACCCUGGAAGAGGAGCUGCUGCUGUCCGUUCCACCAAGCCCAGAGCCAGACUGGACGCUGAUCUCACCCCAAGGCAUGGCAGCCUUGCUGAGUCUGGCCAUGGCUACCUUCACCCAGGAGCCCCAGUUAUGCCUGAGCCACCUGUCCCAGCGUGGGAACAUCCUCAUGUCUACCCUGAAGCACCUACUUUCCCCCAACUUCCUGCAUCACCUGGGCCAGGCGCCUCACGGGCCUGAGUUUCUCCCUGUCGUGGUGCUCUCUGUCUGCCAGCUCCUCUGCUUCCCCUUCAGCCUGGAUGUGGACGCCGACCUUCUCGUAGGUAUCUUGGCUGACCUCAGGGACUCCGAAGUGGCAGCCCACCUGCUGCAGGUCUGUUGUCACCGUCUUCCGCUGUCACAAGCCGAGCUGCCCAUCAGCCUCCUCACACGCCUGGCCCUCACCGACCUCACCUCUCUCAACCAGUUUGUGAACGCAGUGUCUGCCUCCCCUCGAACCGUCACCUCGUUCCUUUCCGCUUCCCUCCUGGGUGACCAGCCACUGCUGACCUCUGACCUCCUGUCCCUGCUGGCCCACGCGGCCCGGGCGCUGGCUCCCAGCCACUUGUCUUUUAUCCAGGAGCUCCUGGCUGGCUCUGAUGAGUCCUAUCGGCCCCUCUGCAGCCUUCUGGGCCACCCAGAGAAUCUUGUGCGGGCCCGCACUUACGGGCUCCUAGGACACUUGUUCAGACACAGCAUGGCCCUGCGCGGGGCACUGCAGAGCCAGGCAGGACUGUUCAACCUGCUGCUGCAGGGGCUUGGAGACAAGGACCCUGCGGUGCGGCGCAGUGCCAGCUUUGCUGUGGGCAACGCGGCCUACCAGGCGGGGCCCCUGGGACCUGCCCUGGCAGCGGCGGUGCCCAGCCUGACGCAGCUGCUUGGAGACCCUCAGACCGGUAUCCGGCGCAAUGCAGCAUCAGCUCUGGGCAACUUGGGGCCAGAGGGAUUGGGGGAGGAGCUGUUACAGUGCCAAGUACCGCAGCGGCUCCUAGAGGUGGCGUGCGGAGACCCCCAGCCAAGCGUGAAGGAAGCCGCCCUCAUUGCACUCCGGAGCCUCCGGCAGGAGCCCUGCAUCCACCAGGUGCUGGUGUCCCUGCGUGCCAGCGACAAAUUAGCCUUGCUGUCUCUGGGGAAUCAGCUGCCACAUAGCAGUGCCAGGCCUGCCUCUGCUAGACACUGCAGGAAACUCAUUCAGCUCCUGAGGCCGACCCACGACACGUGAUCCUGCAUCCCUGGGCCCAGCCGCCAACCUUCACUGGCCUGUGUUAUUGCCAAGUCUCCUUUAUUCUACCACACAAGCCACCUGCUGAGCCAAGAGCUUGAGACUUACAAAGAGUGAUAAAGCUGCCAACUCAACUGAGAACAACAAACCAGAAGAGAUUUAUGUAUAAAGCUGCUUCCUGCCCUCAGAUUCAGGAUGAUUUCAGCCAGUAAACAUCACUGCUGCUGGUGCCAGAGAGGACUCCUUCCUUCUCUCCGUCCAGAGAUCCUUCCUCCAGGAAUGUGCCUUUCGCCCCAGGAACACGCCUCCUGGCCUUAGGGAAAGACCACCCCCCGAGGCAGCUCUUCCUUUCUGGAGCUCCUGUAGUCUUCCCAGCAGGUUUUGCUUUAGGUGCACUGGUCCCAGGACAGCGACGCACACAGAGCCUGUCUCAGCUCUGGGCCCUGGGGAUACAUGCCAUCAGUCCCCGUCGUUGAGGGAUUCUUCAGCCCUUGGCCCACAUUCCCAUCUGUGGGUGGGUGGUGGGGAGUCUAUCUUUUUUAUAGUUGUGUUUGUAAACUCUUUUAAUAAAAAAUGUGCCUUAACCCUACUUGGAGCUCCCACAGCAAAGAGUUGGGAGUCUCAGCCCCUUAA